UUGUGCAUCAUAUUCUCCAUGAAGCAAAGACCACCAGUCUUAAACCCCAGUCGUGGAAGGAAUAUUCUUAGUCAAACCCUGCAGUAUUGCUGCGAGGUCUACCAUCGGUGGUUUAUUCGUUACGAAGGUACUGACAAGCGUGAAGGAUGCGAGGCUGAUGUCGAAGGCCAAAGGAGCAAUACAGAGGAAUUCGAUCCACACUGAAACUGCGCUCGAUUGAAAGAAAUGCACUGCAGUGUCUUCUGUGUGUAUGUGCUUUGUGACCAAAACUACUAAUUAGUCGAUCUAUUGCUCUGCGGGGUUCGUCGUGGAUCGAUUCCUUGCUCUUAGGUGUGAAAGAUUUCUGUCGCAGAUGCUGGAAGUGACUUUCUGGGACGUGUGACGGUAACCCGGAGAUAUGAAUUUCAAGAAAGAUGUUUCUGUGGCUUCUUGGGAAUCCGAGAAAGGACUUGCUGAAGUCACAGUGAAGAAGGGCAAAUUGUGGUGUAGUAUGGGUAUCAUCAGAAGCAGUAAACUCUACUGCAAUAUUGAGGAAUCCAUGUACUUGGCAGGUUUAGGGAGCCUAGUCAUGCUCAACGACGAGAGAAUCAUGUCGGAUGACGAAAUUUGCAGUCUGUUACUCUUUCCUGGUCACGGUUGUUCUUGGGCCGCAUAUCAAACUUUUGCUUAUUUGAAACGUCUAGGUUACAUUGUGGGUCGAUAUGAUGUUUUGUGGACUACUUCUCGCAAACAAGAGAAAUUUCCAUCUCUUCAGUCAGAUGUCGAAACGGACUUGUCAUCAAAAGCUGAGGAACUCAUAUUGCCUUCAAAUACUCUGAAAAGUGUCGUCAAGUCGAGUUCGAGAGAAGUACAAUUUCCAUUAUCUGAUACGAUGGAUGAGGUCAACUGCGACAUGAUUCUGACGAGGACAGGCGCAGAAAGUUCCAUGAACCCUAGUCUAGAGGAGAAGUAUGGGAAUGACUCGGCUUCUCUUCCAUGUGAUAUUGGGAGGUCAAAUUAUCCUCGAGAGGACUCGGAAGCAGGUCUAGAGGACUUACAGUCUCUUUCUGUGCUGAAUUUGAACAAGGAUGAAGAUACGUCUCUUUCUGUGCUGAAUUUGAAGAAGGAUGAAGAUACGUGUGAUCAACCUAUGUUCGAUGUAUUUCUGCCUAACGGCCGAUUCAAAAAGUCGGUACCAGGCCCACCAACCUUUAGGCUCUGUAUGUCUAGCAAUCACCCGCCGAAGCCGAGUGAUAUUCGUACUAUGGAGCACAAUUGCGGCGGAGUACCUUUCAAAUAUGUCGUUGUUGAGUGUGGGCAUAUCUCCAUCUUUUCUUUUGAUACGGUAUCUCUUCCCGACUUACCAUGAUCCAUAAUCAGCUCUGCUUCAAGGCCCACGAUCUGAGAUAGCAGUUUUCCUUCAUCGUCCAGCUACGAAGUUGGAGUUGGUGGGAACUCGACCAUCAAACGUUGAGUUAAUACAGCCGAGCAAGUCGCCAGGGUUUGUCAUCGAAUCUUGCAAACUUGGUGGAAAUGUAAUGUGCCAUAAUUGUGCUUACUACUCAGAAAGAAGGCCUCGAAUGACCUCACUAAGCAGGUAACGUGCAGUGUUCAGGCAGUUUGCGUUCUCAAAGUUGUAAUAUCACCAUUCGUAUUCUGUGAGAGGAUGCCCUGUCCACACCAUCACUCAACUGUGGAAUGAGGCAUGCCGCCUUUAUUUAUUCAGGAUAUACCAGGUCGUAGUAAACAAGGAGAAGGGACUCUCUCUCGAGUGCAACAUCUUUCGUAUUAGCCUAGCUUGCAGCAUUUUCUUACUCUCUUCUAAUGGAUCCUUAUUCAAAUAAGGAUCCAUCAAAGACAACAUUAACCAUAUUGUCUUGAUUGUCCAAAAUGCUCAUUUAUGUAAAUCUUUCAAGCAUGCAAGUGACUAGAAAUUACAGUAGCAAUUACAAAGAGUUCAGCACCGCGAUUUGUGAAAACUCCUAUGACUGCAUUACAUCUGUACGUCACAGGCGAUUAAGCAGCUUGGUCGAUUACCAAAAAAUUACAGUCCCUACAAGGGCAAACACCCUAUCGUUGUGAAGCAAUGC